UUAAACAGUAUUAUUAAAAAAAAAAAAAAAAAAAAAAAGGAAACGUGAAUUAAAUUCUUCUUUUCAUAACUAGUACUUAUCGAUUAAAUUAUCGAGUGUACGUAAUUAUGUUGUGCAACAGCCGACUCCUUCGCGGCUUCGAAUGAUGAUACAAAUACCAGUUGCAUGACAUUUCUCCAUUCAGUAUAUCGUCUGUUCGCUACUAUGAGCAAACCUCAAGUUGUUUUUGUGCUUGGAGGCCCGGGUGCUGGCAAGGGUACGCAAUGUUCCAACAUAGUAUCCAAAUUUGGUUUCGUUCACCUUUCGGCUGGUGACUUGUUGCGUGCUGAAUGCAGUAAACCAAACAGUACGUUUGGUGAAUUGAUUAACUUUCACAUCAAGAAUGGUUCGAUUGUACCAGUCGAAAUCACAUGCAAACUUAUUCAAAAUGCAAUGGAAACAUCAGCGGCCAAUCAGUUUUUAAUUGAUGGAUUUCCAAGAAAUAAAGAUAACAUGAAUGGUUGGAACAAUACUAUCGGAGAUCAAGUUGAACUUUUGUUUGUCUUAUUUCUAGAUUGUCCUGAAAAUAUAUGUGUUGAACGAUGUAUAAAAAGAGGAGCUGCUGGAAGUGGUCGUGCUGAUGAUAAUUUAGAAAUUUUAAAAAAGAGAAUUGUGACGUUUAAAAAUGAUUCAAUGCCAAUUAUAGAAUAUUUUAAAGAGAAAAACUUGGUCAAAAAAGUUGAUGCAGGGAAAAAUGUUGAAGAUGUCUGGUUUGACAUUAUUGAGUUGUUCAAAAAUAUUUAAAUCCAAGAAAAAAAAUCAAAUAUUACCUAUUAGAGAAUUUACUAAAUAUUUUAGAUUAAA